AUGUCGGAUAAUAACUCUGAGAUCGACACGGAUGUGUGGACCCUAACUCGGUUUGUGAUGGAGACGGGUCGCCAGGUCAAGGGGUCGACAGGAGAGCUGACUCAGCUGAUUAACAGUCUGCUGACAUCCAUCAAAGCCAUCUCCUGCGCCGUGCGUAAGGCCGGACUCGCACACCUGUAAGUACUACACUGUCUCCCUGCACCUCCACCUGUACCUUUUAAACAUUAUUAAUAAAUUAUUGGAAAGUCCUGAUUGAAAGUAAUGAACAAUGUUCAAUUCAUUCAUGCAACAUGGAUGGCAGUGGAGAGAGGGAGAGACAGGAAGCCAGAGAGGCGGAGUGUGUUUUUGAUAGAGAGAGUAGAGAGUGUUAAUAAAAGAAGUCCCCCUCUGCAGUGGUACAUGUUUCUAGUGUACUCCCCUCUCAGUUGAAUCACAGCAGCAGGAGUCUAUAUGUUAAAGUCAGUUAGCUAACUACUGUUUGAGAGUAACCUACAGGCAGCAGCAUGUGAAUGAAAUGGCUGUGGUGUGUUGGAUGCAUGGGGACACGUGCUUCUGCCAUGACCUGUGACAUUUAAGGCUGAAUGUUGGUUCCAGCAUGUUGCAUUCACCUGGAGAUAGCUCUUCUCUGGGACAGUACAGCAUGUUGCAUUCAGCUGGAGAUAGCUCUUCUCUAGGACAGUACAGCAUGCUGCAUUCAGCUGGAGAUAGCUCUUCUCUGGGACAGUACAGCAUGUUGCAUUCAGCUGGAGAUAGCUCUUCUCUUGGACAGUACAGCAUGCUGCAUUCAGCUGGAGAUAGCUCUUCUCUGGGACAGUACAGCAUGUUGCAUUCAGCUGGAGAUAGCUCUUCUCUGGGACAGUACAGCAUGUUGCAUUCAGCUGGAGAUAGCUCCUCUCUGGGACAGUACAGCAUGCUGCAUUCAGCUGGAGAUAGCUCUUCUCUGGGACAGUACAGCAUGUUGCAUUCACCUGGAGCCAGGGCCGGGUUAGCGAAUGGGCACGCAGGGCACGUGCCCCCCAGAUAGCAUAUGAUAGCAACAGUUUUAGAAAUGCAGGAAAUUGGCUUUAAAACUGCAAAAUGUUCUCUCGGCCUCAUGGCAUAAUGUGUAGAAUAGCAGGAAAUUAGCUUUAAAACAGAAAUAAAAAAAUCUCUGCCCCAUGGCAAAAAGUGUAGAAUUGCAGGAAAUGAGUUUCAAAACGGCAACAUUUUCUCUUAGCCUCAUUACGAAAUGUGUAGAAUAGCUUCAUAAAAUGGAAAAAUGUGUUGAAAUGCAGUAACUUUGCCGAUUAGAUACACUACAUGACCAAAAGUAUGUGGACACCUGCUCGUCGAACAUCUCAUUCUGAAAUCAUCAAAUCAAAUCUAAUCUAAUCAAAUUCUAAAAUUGAUUAAAUUAAAUAUUUUCCUCAUCAAUCUACACACAAUAACCCAUAAUGACAAAGAGAAAACAGGUUUUAAGACUAUUUUGCAAAUUUAUUCAAAAUAAAAACAGAAAUACCUUAUUACAUAGUGUAUGUAGAUAUAGGUAGGGGUAAAGUGACUAGACAACAGGAUAGAUAAUAGACAGUAGCAGCAGUAUACUGUAGGUAGGGGUAAAGUGACUAGACAACAGGAUAGAUAAUAGACAGUAGCAGCAGUAUACUGUAGGUAGGGGUAAAGUGACUAGACAACAGGAUAGAUAAUAGACAGUAGCAGCAGUAUACUGUAGGUAGGGGUAAAGUGACUAGACAACAGGAUAGAUAAUAGACAGUAGCAGCAGUAUACUGUAGGUAGGGGUAAAGGGACUAGGCAACAGGAUAGAUAAUAGACAGUAGCAGCAGUAUACUGUAGGUAGGGAUAAAGUGACUAGACAACAGGAUAGAUAAUAGACAGUAGCAGCAGUAUACUGUAGGUAGGGGUAAAGUGACUAGACAACAGGAUAGAUAAUAGACAGUAGCAGCAGUAUACUGUAGGUAGGGGUAAAGUGACUAGACAACAGGAUAGAUAAUAGACAGUAGCAGCAGUAUACUGUAGGUAGGGGUAAAGUGACUAGACAACAGGAUAGAUAAUAGACAGUAGCAGCAGUAUACUGUAGGUAGGGGUAAAGGGACUAGACAACAGGAUAGAUAAUAGACAGUAGCAGCAUAUACUGUAGGUAGGGGUAAAGUGACUAGACAACAGGAUAUAUAAUAGACAGUAGCAGCAGUAUACUGUAGGUAGGGGUAAAGGGACUAGACAACAGGAUAGAUAAUAGACAGUAACAGCAGUAUACUGUAGGUAGGGGUAAAGGGACUAGACAACAGGAUAGAUAAUAGACAGUAGCAGCAGUAUACUGUAGGUAGGGGUAAGUGACUAGACAACAGGAAUAGAUAAUAGACAGUAGCAGCAGUAUACUGUAGGUAGGGGUAAAGUGACUAGACAACAGGAUAGAUAAUAGACAGUAGCAGCAGUAUACUGUAGGUAGGGGUAAAGGGACUAGACAACAGGAUAGAUAAUAGACAGUAGCAGCAGUAUACUGUAGGUAGGGGUAAAGGGACUAGGCAACAGGAUAGAUAAUAGACAGUAGCAGCAGUAUACUGUAGGUAGGGGUAAAGUGACUAGACAACAGGAUAGAUAAUAGACAGUAGCAGCAGUAUACUGUAGGUAGGGGUAAAGGGACUAGACAACAGGAUAGAUAAUAGACAGUAGCAGCAGUAUACUGUAGGUAGGGGUAAAGGGACUAGACAACAGGAUAGAUAAUAGACAGUAGCAGCAGUAUAAUGUAGGUAGGGGUAAAGUGACUAGACAACAGGAUAGAUAAUAGACAGUAGCAGCAGUAUACUGUAGGUAGGGGUAAAGUGACUAGACAACAGGAUAGAUAAUAGACAGUAGCAGCAGUAUACUGUAGGUGGGGUAAAGUGACUAGGCAACAGGAUAGAUAAUAGACAGUAGCAGCAGUAUACUGUAGGUAGGGGUAAAGUGACUAGACAACAGGAUAGAUAAUAGACAGUAGCAGCAGUAUACUGUAGGUAGGGGUAAAGUGACUAGACAACAGGAUAGAUAAUAGACAGUAGCAGCAGUAUACUGUAGGUAGGGGUAAAGUGACUAGACAACAGGAUAGAUAAUAGACAGUAGCAGCAGUUAUACUGUAGGUAGGGGUAAAGUGACCUAUACAACAGGAUAGAUAAUAGACAGUUAGCAGCAGUAUACUGUAGGUAGGGGUUAAAGUGACUAGGCAACAGGAUAGAUAAUAGACAGUAGCAGCAGUAUACUGUAGGUAGGGGGUAAAGUGACUAGACAACAGGAUAGAUAAUAGACAGUAGCAGCAGUAUACUGUAGGUAGGGGUAAAGUGACUAGACAACAGGAUAGAUAAUAGACAGUAGCAGCAGCGUAUGUGAUGAGUCAAAAGAGUUAGUGAAAAGGGGGGUCAAUGCAGAUAGUUAAAAACUGAAUCAAUAGCUACCCAGACUAACUAUUUAUCAGUCUUAUGGCUUGGGGGCCCUGUUGGUUCCAGACUUGGUCCAUCGGUACAUUUAAGUACCUGCUUGCUGUGCGGUAGCAGAGAGAACAGUCCAUGACUUGGGUGACUGGAAUCUUUGACAAUGUUUAGGGCCUUCCUCUGACACCGCCUGGUAUAGAGGUCCUGGAUGGCAGGAAGCUUGGCCCCAGUGAUGUACUGGGCCGUACGCACUACCCUCUGUAGUGCCUUCUGGUUGGAUGCCAAGCAGUUGCCAUACCAGGCGGUGAUGCAGCCAGUCAGGAUGCUCUCGAUGGUGCAGCUGUAGAACUUUGAGGAUCUGGGGACCCAUGCCAAAUCUUUUCAGCCUCCUGAGGGAGAAGUGCCUUCUUCAAAUAAAAUUGUAUUUGUCACAUGCGCCGAAAACAACAGGUGUAGACUUCACCGUGAAAUGCGACUGUGUUGGCAUGUUAUAAUUCCCUUAUGAUAGGAGGAGAAACGCCAACAAUUUUAACUAAGCUUCCCCGCUCGGGGCCUGACCAGGCAUGUCUUUUAAAAAACUAAAACCCUCCAAAACAAACUAAAAACGGGGACAAUAACCCUUUAACCAGACACAACAAUUUUAAAAUUACCCCCAUCCCUUUAAAACCCAAGAAACUGCCCUAAGGUUCUUUUCCCCCCCACUGAAAUAAAGGGCACCCAAACCAUUUUGAAUCCCAAAAAUUUAAAUGCCCCACCAUGAAAAAUUGUUGGGGUUCGGGCCCGGGGCAGGGGGUUGGGUUUUAGGGUUAGCCAGGCUUGGGGUUAGGGUUUCGCCAGGCUUUGGGGUUAGGGUUGGGGUUAGGGGCAGGGUUGGGGUACCAGGCUUGGGUUAGGGGGGGCCCAGGGGGGUUUGGGGGACCAGGGCGGGGUUUUUUGGGUUGGGGGUUUAAGGGGGGCACUAACAAGGCCCUGGUGGAAAAGGGGGCAUUCCCAAAAAAGAGGUUUUACCAGAAAAGCUGGUGUCUCUAAAAACCAUCUUUAAAUCGAUUUCAUCACCCGCCUGCUGGGGGUGUCGGGAGAACGAACACCCACAUCCCCGGGGGUUAUUUUUCUCUUUCCCCUUAAAGGUUUUAAAAAUUUAGGUUUUUCCCCCUCUUCUUUUUCCUUCCGGUCCACUCCCUAUCCCCAGUUUAAAAAAACCCGGGUCUUUGGGUCCCAAACCCUAUCCCCCCCCCCCCUGCCUCCCUCCAGGGUCCCAUACCCCUACCCCCCGCUGCCCCCUCGUCUCUCCUCCAGGGUCCCAUACCCCUACCCCGUUGACCCCUUUUUGUCCUCCUCCGGGGUCCCUACCCUAUCCCCGUUGACCCCCUUGUUUCCCCCCCCUCCCUCCCGGGGUCCCCUACCCCCCUAUCCCUUGCCCCCCCCUGUCUUCCCCCGGGGUCCCAUCCCCCUACCCCCCAGUUGACCCCCCUUGUCUCCCCCCGGGGCCCCAUACCCCAUCCCAGUUGCCCCCCUUUGUCUCCCCUCCGGGUCCCUCCCCCUUCCCCCAGUUGACCCCCUUGUCCUCCCCGGGGCCCCAUCCCCUACCCCCAUUUUGCCCCCCCUUGUCUCCCCUCCAGGGUCCCUACCCCUAUCCCCCCCCCUUUGUCUCUCCCCCAGGGUCCCAUACCCCUAUCCCCAGUUGACCCCCUUGUCUCUCCCCGGGGUCCCAUACCCCAUCCCUUUGACCCCCGUCUCUCCUCCGGGCCCAUCCCUUUUCCCAGUUGCCCCCCCUUUGUCUCUCCCCGGGUCCCUUUACCCCUACCCCCCAGUUCCCCCCCCCCUGUCCCCCUUCCGGGGGCCCUCCCCUAUCCCAUUGCCCCCCCCCUUUUUUCCUCCAGGCCCCAAACCCCCUAUCCCCAUUGCCCCCCCCCUUUCCCCUCCGGGGGCCCAUACCCCUAUCCCCUUUUGACCCCCUUGUCUCUCCUCCGGGGCCCCCAUACCCCACCCCCAGUUGCCCCCCCCUUGUCUCUCCCCCGGGGUCCCAUACCCCAUCCCCAGUUGCCCCCCAUUGUCCUCCCCGGCCCCCAUCCCCCUUCCCCUUUUCCCCCCCCUUUUCUCUCCUCCAGGUCCCAUACCCCUAUCCCAUUUGCCCCCCCCUUGUCUCUCCCCGGGGCCCAUCCCCCCUACCCCCAGUUGACCCCCUUUCCUCUCCUCCAGGGUCCCAUACCCCUAUCCCAGUUGCCCCCCUUGCCCCCUCCUCCGGGGUUCCCCUCCCCCACCCCUUGCCCCCUUGUUUUCCCCUCCAGGGUCCCAACCCCAUCCCAUUUACCCCCUUGCUCUCCUCCGGGUCCCAUCCCCCUACCCCGUUGCCCCCCCUUUCUCCCCCGGGGCCCCAUCCCCCUAUCCCAUUUCCCCCCCUUGUCUCUCCUCGGGCCCCCCAUACCCCUACCCCAACCCCCUGUCUCUCCUCCAGGUCCCUCCCCUACCCUCAUUUUUGGACCCCCCCUGUCCUCCCCGGGGGCCCCCUCCCCCUAUCCCAUUUGACCCCCUUUCCCCUCCGGGGGCCCAUCCCCCUAUCCCAUUUGCCCCCCCUUGUCCCCCUCCGGGUCCCAUACCCCUUUUCCCAGUUGACCCCCCCUUGUCUCCCCUUUCCGGGGUCCCUCCCCCAUCCCCAUUUGCCCCCCCCUUUCUCUCCCCAGGUUUCCCAUACCCCUAUCCCCAUUUGCCCCCCCCCUUGUCUCUCCUCCAGGUCCCAUCCCUACCCCCAGUUCCCCCCUUGUCCUCCCCGGGCCCCAUACCCCUACCCCCCAGUUCCCCCCCCUUGUCUCCCCCCCCAGGUCCCAUCCCUCCCCCCUUUUGGCCCCCCCUUUCUCCCCCCGGGGGUCCCAUACCCCUUCCCUUGCCCCCCCCCCCCUGUCUCCCCCCCGGGGCCCCAUCCCCCUAUCCCCAUUGCCCCCCCCUUGUCUCCCCCUCCAGGGUCCCUCCCCCUACCCCCCAUUGCCCCCCCCUUGUCUUCCCCCAGGGUCCCAUACCCCUUCCCGUUGACCCCCUUGUCUCUCCCCAGGGUCCCAUACCCCUACCCCCAUUUAACCCCCCUUUGUCUCUCCUCCGGGGGCCCAACCCCCUAUCCCCAGUUGCCCCCCCCUUGUCUCUCCCCCGGGGCCCCAACCCCCACCCCCAGUUGCCCCCCCCCUUUCUCCCUCCGGGGCCCCCCCCUCCCCCCCUUGCCCCCUUUGGGUCUCUCCUCCAGGUCCCAUCCCCCUUCCUCAGUUACCCCUUUCUCUCCUCCGGGGUCCCUCCCCCUAUUCCAUUUGACCCCUUGUCCUCCCCCCGGGCCCCUACCCUUCCUCAGUUGCCCCCCUUUGUCUCCCCUCCGGUCCCAUACCCCUACCCCCAGUGCCCCCCCUUGUUUCCCCAGGCCCAUCCCCCUAUCCCAGUUGCCCCCCCCUUUCUCUCCUCCGGUCCCAUACCCCUACCCCCAGGCCCCCCCCUUGUCUCUCCCCAGGGUCCCAUACCCCUAUCCCCAUACCCCCUGUUCCCUCCGGGCCCCAUCCCCCUUCCCCACUACCCCCCUUCUCCCCCCCGGGCCCCAUCCCCCUAUCCCAGCUGCCCCCCUUGUCUCUCCUCCAGGGUCCCAUCCCCCUACCCCAGCUGCCCCCCUUUCCUCCCCCAGGGCCCCAUACCCCUAUCCCCAUCCCCCCCCUUUUUUCCCCCCCGGGUCCCAUACCCCUACCCCACGCCCCCCUGUCUCCCCCGGGGCCCCAACCCCCUACCCCCCAUUUUGCCCCUUGUCUCUCCUCCGGGGCCCCAUACCCCUAUCCCCCGCGCCCCCUUGCCCUCUCCUCCAGGGUCCACCCCCAUCCCCAGCUCCCCCCCCUUGUCCCCCCCACCCCCCCCUUUCCCCAGGUUUCCCCAUCCCACCCCCCUAUCCCCGUUACCCCCUUUCUUUUCCUCCGGGGUCCCAUCCCCCUACCCCCCACUGACCCCCUUGUCUCUCCCCCAGGGGUCCCAUACCCACCCCCCCCCCCCUGUCUUCCUCCGGGUCCCUACCCCUACCCCCCAGCUGCCCCCCUUGUCUCUCCUCCAGGGUCCCAACCCCUAUCCCCCUGCCCCUUUUGCUCUCCCCCAGGUCCCAUACCCCUACCCCCAGCUGACCCCCUUGUCUCCCUCCAGGGCCCCUACCCUAUCCCCAGCUGACCCCCUUGUCUCUCCUCCGGGCCCCAACCCCUAUCCCCAGUGACCCCCUUGCUCUCCUCCGGGGUCCCAUACCCCAUCCCCGUUGACCCCUUGUUUCUCCCCCAGGGUCCCAUACCCCUAUCCCAUUUUACCCCCUUUCUUCCCCCAGGGUCCCAACCCCAUCCCCACUGCCCCCCCUUGUUUUUUCCCCCCGGGUCCAUACCCCUAUCCCCAGUGACCCCCUUGUCUCUCCUCCAGGGUCCCAUCCCCCUUUCCCCGUGCCCCCCCUUGCUCCCCUCCAGGGCCCCAUAAAAACCCCCCUUUUUUCCCCCCCCCCCUUGGCCCCCCUUUCUCUCCCCCCAGGGUCCCAUCCCCAUCCCCAGCCCCCCCCCUUGCUCUCCCCGGGGUCCCUCCCCCAUCCCCGCGACCCCCUUGUCUCUCCUCCGGGCCCCCAUACCCCUACCCCCAUCCCCCCUUGCCCUUUCCCCAGGUCCCAUCCCCCUUCCCCCAAACCCCCCCUUGUCCUCCCCGGGGGCCCCAACCCCCUAUCCCCACUGACCCCCUUGUCUUCCCCCGGCCCUACCCCACCCCACUGACCCCUUUUCUCCUCCAGGGCCCAACCCCUACCCCAGCGCCCCCCCUUGUCCCCUCCUCCAGGGCCCCCAUCCCCCUAUCCCCAUUUGACCCCCCUUGUCCCUCCUCCAGGCCCCAAAAACCCCUACCCCAACUGCCCCCCCCCUUUCCCCCUCCCAGGGUCCCCUUUCCCCCUAUCCCCCGACCCCCUUGUCUCUCCUCCGGGCCCAUACCCCACCCCCAGCUCCCCCCUUGUCUUCCUCCGGGGGUCCAUACCCCUACCCCCCAGCUGCCCCCUUGUCCCCCUCCGGGGUCCCUCCCCCCUAUCCCCACCUGCCCCCCUUUGUUCUCCUCCGGGGUCCCUCCCCCAUCCCCAGCUCCCCCCUUGCCCUUUUUUCCCCCCCGGGGUCCAACCCCUACCCCAGCUGACCCCCUUGUCUUCCUCCGGGCUACCCAGCUGACCCCCUGUCUUCUCCUCAGGGCCCCAUACCCCUAUCCCCAGCGACCCCCUUGUCUCUCCUCCAGGGUCCCAUACCCCUAUCCCCAGCUGACCCCCUUGUCUCUCCUCCAGGGUCCCAUACCCCUAUCCCCAGCUGACCCCCUUGUCUCUCCUCCAGGUGGUAAAUACGUGGUGUGUUUUGACCCUCUGGAUGGCUCCUCUAACAUCGACUGCUUGGCUUCCAUCGGCACCAUCUUCGCCAUCUACAAAAGGGUGUGUAUGUCUGUAACACAACACACAGUGUGUCAACACAUCAAAUACUUUUUAUACAUUUGUGUGUUCAACUAUACAGUAUGGAAAUACUUUUUAAGAAACAUAUAUGCCUAACAGAAGUGUAGUGUAAUUGUGACUCUUUCAAUACAUGCUCUGUGGCAAUUUAAUAUGGGUGAAUCUGAUGCUGUUCAUAUGCACUCUGUCUCUGUCUGUUCUCUGACAUGUGUCUCAUUGUGCCUUUCCAGAUCGACGAGGUAACAGCCCCACCGAUCGCCAGCCUGAUCAUAUGCACCAGCUAAACUAUGGAAUUCAUUUAUGGAACUCUUAAAGCUAGGAUUGACACAUUCUUUAGACAUUAACAAGAUUAUUCUUAGUAUCAUAUAGGACACAUAUAAGUAAGACAUGCAUAAUUGACAGAGAAAUUCAGUGCAAGCUGUGAUUGAGAUAAAGGAUCCACCACAGAUGAAGGAUCCAUCCAUGAUCCAGCACCAGCAGGUGUAGAAGACUGCAGUUACAAUAACCAACAAUAGAGGGUGCUGUUGUCUCACAGAUCUGACAUGCAACAAUCAUAUCACACUCAACAUUUACCACAAUACCUUAUUUUAUGGUAGGGCCGAGUAGUAGAUUUUAUUUCACUGACCCAAGUUAGCAUGUUAGCAUGUUAGCUUGUUAUAUCCAGUGUGUAUAGCUCGAUCAGGGGGGAAUAUUCAGAUGAUCCAAGUUAGCAUGUUAGCUUGUUAUAUCCAGUGUGUAUAGCUCGAUCAGGGGGGAAUAUUCAGAUGACCCAAGUUAGCAUGUUAGCUUGUUAUAUCCAGUGUGUAUAGCUCGAUCAGGGGGGGAAUAUUCAGAUGACCCAAGUUAGCAUGUUAGCUUGUUAUAUCCAGUGUUAUAGCUCGAUCAGGGGGGAAAUUCAGAUGACCCAAGUUAGCAUGUAGCUUGUUUAUCCAGGGUGUAUAGCUCGAUCAGGGGGAAAUUCAGAUACCCCAGUUAGCAUGUUGCUUGUUUUAUUCCAUGGCGUAUAGCUCGAUCAGAGGGGGGAUAUUCAGAUGACCCAAGUUCGCAUGUUCGCUUGUUAUAUUCCAGGGUUAUAGCUCGUAUCAGUGGGGGAAUAUUCAGAUGACCCCCCAAGUUACAUGUUUAGCUUGUUAUAUCCAGGGUGUAUAGCUCGAUCAGGGGGGAAUAUUCAGAUGACCCAAGUUAGCAUGUUAGCUUGUUAUAUCCAGUGUGUAUAGCUCGAUCAGGGGGGGAUAUUCAGAUGACCCAUGUUACCGGGGGGAUAUUCAGAUGACCCAUGUUACCGGGGGGAUAUUCAGAUGACCCAUGUUACCGGGGGGAUAUUCAGAUGACCCAUGUUAGCAUGUUAGCAUGUUAUAUCUAGUGUUCUAAAUAGUAGGCAUUUUGGGUCUGUGAAAAUAGUUUUAUAGUAGUGAGUUUUAAAGUAGUGAGUUCUAAAAUAGUGAGUUUUAUAGUAGUGAGAUUUAUAGUAGUGAGUUUUAUAGUAGUGAGUUUUAUAGUGAGAGUGACGUUUAGAAAAUGUAGUAUGCCAUGAUGUCAUCCUCAAUGAUCGUUACAUCUGUCAGAAUACACAGUAUGUAGUAUGAUUAGUAGAACUACAGUAUGUAGUAUGAUUAGUAGACCUACAGUAUGUAGUAUGAUUAGUAGAACUACAGUAUGCAGUAUGAUUAGUAGAACUACAGUAUGUAGUAUGAUUAGUAGACCUACAGUAUGUAGUAUGAUUAGUAGAACUACAGUAUGUAGUAUGAUUAGUAGAACUACAGUAUGUAGUAUGAUUAGUAGAACUACAGUAUGUAGUAUGAUUAGUAGACCUACAGUAUGUAGUAUGAUUAGUAGAACUACAGUAUGUAGUAUGAUUAGUAGAACUACAGUAUGUAGUAUGAUUAGUAGACCUACAGUAUGUAGUAUGAUUAGUAGAACUACAGAUUUUAUGUUCUACUUCCUGUCUACUUGGCAGAAUUGCAAUAGUGAAGACUAAGACUGUUCCCAGGGCAGGCCUGGUGGUAGCUGGAUGUGUUCCCAGGGCAGGCCUGGUGGUAGCUAGAUGUGUUCCCAGGGCAGGCCUGGUGGUAGCUAGAUGUGUUCCCAGGGCAGGCCUGGUGGUAGCUAGAUGUGUUCCCAGGGCAGGCCUGGUGGUAGCUAGAUGUGUUCCCAGGGCAGGCCUGGUGGUAGCUAGAUGUGUUCCCAGGGCAGGCCUGGUGGUAGCUAGAUGUGUUCCCAGGGCAGGCCUGGUGGUAGCUAGAUGUGUUCCCAGGGCAGGCCUGGUGGUAGCUAGAUGUGUUCCCAGGGCAGGCCUGGUGGUAGCUAGAUGUGUUCUCAGGGCAGGCCUGGUGGUAGCUAGAUGUGUUCCCAGGGCAGGCCUGGUGGUAGCUAGAUGUGUUCCCGGGGCAGGCCUGGUGGUAGCUGGAUGUGUUCCCAGGGCAGGCCUGGUGGUAGCUAGAUGUGUUCCCAGGGCAGGCCUGGUGGUAGCUAGAUGUGUUCCCAGGGCAGGCCUGGUGGUAGCUAGAUGUGUUGGAGUCGUGUCGGGGACAGUUUCAGCAUUUUAGCUAACUCUAACUGUUUUCCUAACCUUAACCUAAUUAUCCUAACCUGCCACGUUAAUUCUCCUAACCUGCUACUAAAAUUAAUUGCUAGUCAAAACCGGCAGACCCGCCCUGAGAGCAGUGUGAAUAUCCACUAAUAUGAUACAACGUCUAUUUUUUUCAGACAUCAACUGAAGACGCCACAGAGAAGGAUGCGCUGCAGCCUGGCAACAAGAUUGUUGCCGCGGGAUACGCCCUCUAUGGUAGCGCCACCUUGGUUGCCCUUUCUACCGGGCAGGGCCUCAACUUCUUUAUGCUGGACCCUGUGAGUUUGUCGAAGUGUUAGCACCAUAUUCAGGAGUUUACUUAGCGCAGGGCAAUCCACCACCCACCCUGAGCAACAUUGUUUACUCAGAUUAGGUCAGUUACAGGGACAAAAAGCAACAAAUCAGGUCACUGGGCCAGAACAGAGAGGGUGAGAAAGAGGAUUGUAAAUUGAUAGUUCCAAAUAUCAAACAGUAGUUGAUAUAGAAAGUAGAACGAGAGAGAGAGAGAGGGAGGGACAGAGGAGAGAGGACAGGGACAGAGGAGAGAUACAGAGGAGAGAGGACAGGGACAGAGGACAGAGGACAGAGGACAGAGACAGAGACAGAGGACAGAGGACAGACAGAGGACAGUGACAGAGGACAGUGACAGAGGACAGACAGAGGACAGAGGAGAGAGGAGAGACAGAGGAGAGAGGAGAGAGGAGACAGAAGACGGAGACCAAAGACAGAGACAGGAAACAGAGGCAGGAGACAGAGGCCAGUGUCAGUAAAAUAACAAGUGAAUGUCCCUAACUAACUGUGUUGUUUGGUUUCCAGGCGAUUGGAGAGUUCAUCUUGACAGAGAGAAAUGUGAAAAUCAAGCCCAAAGGAAAGAUCUACAGUCUGAACGAGGGAUACACCAAAUACAUGCACCCAUCCAUCAACGAGUACCUGAAGCACAAGAAAUACCCAAAGGUACACACAAGCACAUAGACAUGCAUGCACAAACAUGAUCAUCACCUGACACCUUGAGUUUAGGAACCACAGAUAACUUUUAGUUAAACACACUCUGACUAGCCUUAUGGAACCCACCAUAAGUGUAUUCUUGCUGACAGUGAGUCCAGUAGUCAGUUAGCCUCGCAGUAACUCUCACUAGCUCAUAAUACAGGAAAAGGAGGGCCUAACAUGCCCCCAUUCUCAUCGACGGGGCUGUAGUGGAGCGGGUUGAGAGCUUCAACUUCCUUGGUGUCCACACCACCAACUAACUAUCACGGUCCAAACACACCAAGACAGUCGUGAAGAGGGCACGACAAAGCCUAUUCCCCCUCAGGAGACUGAAAAGAUUUGGCAUGGGUCCUCAGAUCCUCAAAUAGUUCUACAGCUGCACCAUCGAGAGCAUCCUGACUGGUUGCAUCACCGCCUGGUAUGGCAACUGCUCGGCCUCCAACCACAAGGCACUACAGAGGGUAGUGCGUACGGCCCAGUACAUCACUGGGGCCAAGCUUCCUGCCAUCCAGGACCUCUAUACCAGGCGGUGUCAGAGGAAGGCCCAAAACAUUGUCAAAGACUCCAGUCACCCAAGUCAUGGACUGUUCUCUCUGCUACCGCACGGCAAGCGUUACCGGAGAGCCAAGUCUAGGUCCAAAAUACUCCUUAACAGCUUCUACCCCCAAGCCAUAAGACUGCUGAACAAUUAAUCAAAUGGCUACCCAGACUAUUUCCAUUGACACCCCCCCACCCCCCUUUGUUUUUACACUGCUGCUACUCGAUGUUUAUUAUCUAUGCAUAGUCACUUUACCCCUACCUACAUGUACAAAUUACCUCGACUAACCUGUAACCCACACAUUGAGUCGGUACCGGUACCUUUUUUUUAUUUUUUUUAUUUCACCUUUAUUUAACCAGGUAAGCCAGUUGAGAACAGGUUCUCAUUUACAACUGCGACCUGGCCAAGAUAAAGCAAAGUAGUGCAAUAAAAAACAACACAGAGUUACAUAUGGGGUAAAAAAAACAUAAAGUCAGAAAUACAACAGAAAAUAUAUAUACAGUGUGUGCAAAUGUAGCAAGUUAUGGAGGUAAGGCAAUAAAUAGGCUAUAGUGCAGAAUAAUUACAAUAGUAUUAACACUGGAAUGCUAGAUGUGCAAGAGAUGAUGUGCAAAUAGAGAUACUGGGGUGCAAAAGAGCAAAAUAAAUAACAAUAUAGGGAUGAGGUAGUUGGGUGGGCUAAUUUCAGAUGGGCUGUGUACAGGUGCAGUGAUCGGUAAGGUGCUACCUCCUGUAUAUAGCCUCAUUAUUGUUAUUUUAUUGUGUUGUAAGUAUUCGACAAAUACGAUUUGAUUUUGAUUUGAUCUGUGUGACUGUGGGAGGAUACAUUGACCAACUGAAACCAGUAGAUAUGGUGAAUAAGGUGCUAUUAGGGGAAACAGACUCAGUUACUAGACUCCUCAGACGGCGUCUCAGCGUGGCGGAACAAGCCAAGCCAAGCGUGACCGGCCUGUCCAGGCCUCCUUCCUGAGGAAACAGGAGGUUCUGAUGCGAUGACCUCUGACCUCUAGAACACACAGUCAGCAGGGUUCUACAACAAUGACACAGUCAGGAUGUUUCUAUGACGACACAGUCAUUCCGUAGUCAGGUCUUACUUCAGCCAAAAGCCCAGGCAGGUAUGGACACGACAGCAAUCCCUUUGGAAUACACUAACUCUUUCCAGAUAGGGUUAGGUUAGGAUCAUUCAUUCAACAACAGACCUUAUUUAGAGUCCAUGUGAAUGUACCUGCCUUGACACGUGUUGGUAUAUCUCUUGUUAUGGAUGUUUGUUUUUAAUUGCUUUUAUAUUGAUCACAGAGAUAGACGGACACAGAUUAUUGACAUCCCAGCUGUCCAUUAGUUUUUUUCCCUUUGUGAAACUCAUUGGUGUGUUUUUGGAGCCUGUGUGUGUGUGUGUGUGUGUGUGUGUGUGUGUGUGUGUGUGUGUGUGUGUGUGUGUGUGUGUGUGUGUGUGUGUGUGUGUGUGUGUGUGUGGCAAGGGAGGUGCCGUAGUGACAUGAAUCCACAGACACACACAGACACACACCUCUCAUGACGGCUGGUACGACGUGAUUCCUGGGGCCCCUCUCCCAGAAUGCACCUCUCUGGAGCAGCAGGAGACACUUCAGUCAUACCCAGACUGAUACUGUUCAUUACAUAAUGGAACACUUUAGCUGAAAAAGGGUCUCACACUUAAACAUCCCUUUAAACUUCAUCUAUAGUGCAAUGUUUACACUUAAACAUCCCUUUAAACCAAUGUUCCAAGCCUGUCCCCAAUAGUAUACUCAGACAGACUUUCCAUGACAUUACUUUAUCUAUAUCUGAUACUCAAACUGAUACAUUUCAAAUGUAUCUAGUGUAUUUGUACACACCUGUCUCAAGACCAUGAUAAUACAUUGACGUAAAAACGAAAAGGGGAAAGUGUAAAUCAGGUAAUAAACAGACCUUCAGUACAGAAGAUGAUCUGCAACAGAAAGGACACUAGUUGAGCCAAACCUGUAGUGUUCUUACGUAUGAGACAGAUAACAUCCUUACGUAGAAGGAACACUAGUGUUAGAGAUAAACACCUGUAGGUUCUUAGAGUUAUGGAAUAACACCUGUAGUGUUCUUUAGAGUUAUGGAAUAACACCUGUAGUGUUCUUUAUAGACAGUAGGUCUUAGAGUAUGGAAUAACACCUGUAGUGUUCUUUAGAGUUAUGGAAUAACACCUGUAGCGUUCUCUAGAGUUAUGGAAUAACACCUGUAGUGUUCUUUAGAGUUAUGGAAUAACACCUGUAGCGUUCUCUAGAGUUAUGGAAUAACACCUGUAGCGUUCUCUAGAGUUAUGGAAUAACACCUGUAGUGUUCUUUAGAGUUAUGGAAUAACACCUGUAGCGUUCUCUAGAGUUAUGGAAUAACACCUGUAGUGUUCUUUAGAGUUAUGGAAUAACACCUGUAGUGUUCUUUAGAGUUAUGGAAUAACACCUGUAGCGUUCUCUAGAGUUAUGGAAUAACACCUGUAGCGUUCUCUAGAGUUAUGGAAUAAUACCUGUAGUGUUCUUUAGAGUUAUGGAAUAACACCUGUAGUGUUCUUUAGAGUUAUGGAAUAACACCUGUAGUGUUCUCUAGAGUUAUGGAAUAACACCUGUAGCGUUCUCUAGAGUUAUGGAAUAAUACCUGUAGUGUUCUUUAGAGUUAUGGUGUAGUGUUACACUAUUUUUGGGUGUGUUGUUUUAACACUGUAGGGUGUAAAGCCUUAAUUGCAUAUUUCCCAGCAUGCCUUUCGAGUGAAUGUGAGCGAUACCCACCCAUGACUAUGUUUGUUAGUGUCACACUCUGGCUCCGGGACUUUGUGUGUUGAGCCAGGGUAUGUUCGUUUCGUGGUGUUUUGUUUGGUUGGGUGGUUCUAUGUGUUGUAUUUCUUGGUUUGGUUGAGUGACUCCCAAUCAGAGGUAACGAGUGUCAGCUGUUGGCUCGUUGUCUCUGAUUGGGAGCCAUAUUUAUACUGUCUGUUUUCACCUGGUGUUUGUGGGUUUUUGUUCCAAGUUCAGUCAUUGUCACUGUUGGACUUCACUAUCGUCUUUUGUUUUGUAUUUACGUGCUUUACUCAUUAAAGUCAUCAUGUUCACUCAACGCGCUGCGUAUUGGUCUGCUCCCUUUCAAGACGGUCGUGACAGUUAGUGACAGCGACAUAGUUGUUGGAUUCAUACAUUUUCAGCUCUGAAGCCUUCACCAAGUGACUGCCUAAGUGAAUGUGUUUGAAUUAAAAGUAAACACUUUAUGACCAUACAUUAUACAUUUAAAAAGGCCUUUAGUUAUGGCCUAGUCAUCCUCAACAAUCGUGUUCUGAAAAUCAUGGCUAAUGGGCCACAUCAGACCUGCAAGUCACAGUACGCUGGUUUGUGAAGUGAUCAGUUAUUCUUAUCAGAAUCCAGCCAGAGGAAGGAUAUUCAACAAUUAGAAUAUUUUAUCACCCACCACCUGCAUUCAGACUGACUGCUAUCGUGAAGGACAUGACAACCAAGACCACCUAAACCACGUAAACUGCAACAUCUCAGUAACAGGUGCAAGUCCAACCCCUUACAGAUUGGAUUAGUUUAGAAACAUUUACGUUAUUUAUCUUUGUAUAGUAGAAGAUAAAUGAAUCAAUCAAUGUGCAGAACCGUAGAUAUUAAAAUAAACAAUUCUAAAAAUCAACCUGCAACAAAGCAUCCUGGGAAAUAUGAUAGAGGCCCUUCCAACAUAUUUUUUAACUCAGGGAGUUAAACGGAAAUGAACUCAACACGGUCGAUUAACAACAACACAACACACUGUUGAUUCCGCUGUCAUUCAAAUAACACCAUGUAUUCACCGCAGGUGGUGUCAAUUUCAAUCACACUGGUGUUAACCCCACUAGAAUCAACACUCAGAUAUAUCACUGGUGUUAACCCCACUAGAAUCAACACUCAGAUAUAUCACUGGUGUUAACCCCACUAGAAUCAACACUCAGAUAUAUCACUGGUGUUAACCCCACUAGAAUCAACACUCAGAUAUAUCACUGGUGUUAACCCCACUAGAAUCAACACUCAGAUAUAUCACUGGUGUUAACCCCACUAGAAUCAACACUCAGAUAUAUCACUGGUGUUAACCCCACUAGAAUCAACACUCAGAUAUAUCACUGAUGUUAACUCCACUAGAAUCAACAGAUAUAACACUGGUGUUAACCCCACUAGAAUCAAACACUUGGUGUUAACCCACUAGAAUCAACACUCAGAUUCACUGGUGUUAACCCCACUAGAAUCAACACUCAGAUAUAUCACUGGUGUUAACCCCACUAGAAUCAACACUCAGAUAUAUCACUGGUGUUAACCCCACUAGAAUCAACACUCAGAUAUAUCACUGGUGUUAACCCCACUAGAAUCAACAUCAGAUAUACACUGGUGUUAACCCCACUAGAAUCAACACUCAGAUAUAUCACUGGUGUUAACCCCACUAGAAUCAACAGAUAUAACACUGGUGUUAACCCCACUAGAAUCAACACUCAGAUAUAUCACUGGUGUUAACCCCACUAGAAUCAACAGAUAUAACACUGGUGUUAACCCCACUAGAAUCAACACUCAGAUAUAUCACUGGUGUUAACCCCACUAGAAUCAACAGAUAUAUCACUGGUGUUAACCCCACUAGAAUCAACACUCAGAUAUAUCACUGGUGUUAACCCCACUAGAAUCAACACUCAGAUAUAUCACUGGUGUUAACCCCACUAGAAUCAACAGAUAUAUCACUGGUGUUAACCCCACUAGAAUCAACACUCAGAUAUAUCACUGGUGUUAACCCCACUAGAAUCAACACUCAGAUAUAUCACUGGUGUUAACCCCACUAGAAUCAACACUCAGAUAUAACACUGGUGUUAACCUCACUAGAAUCAACACUCAGAUAUAUCACUGGUGUUAACCCCACUAGAAUCAACAGAUAUAUCACUGGUGUUAACCCCACUAGAAUCAACACUCAGAUAUAUCACUGGUGUUAACCCCACUAGAACCAACACUCAGAUAUAACACUGGUGUUAACCCCACUAGAAUCAACAGAUAUAUCACUGGUGUUAACCCCACUAGAAUCAACACUCAGAUAUAUCACUGGUGUUAACUCCACUAGAAUCAACACUCAAAACACUUUUAACUUCAACACUGAGCUUUAAUGUGCUGUGUAGCUAAUGUGCUGUGUAGCUAAUGUGCUGUGUAGCUAGCUAAUGUGCUGUGUAGCUCUGCAUAUCCUCCUGUUGCUUGCUACUGUAGCUUCAUCUAUGGCUCUGGCAAAUUCAUAUGGUUGUGAUGGAAUAAAUCAAAACUUUACAUCAAUCAAUCACAUUUGUUUUGAUAACAGAGUGUAUGAUGAUAAGAGUGAGUUCAAUGCCUUUCUGAUGACGUUGUCUCCGCCCCUAUAGGACGGCAGUGCCCCCUAUGGAGCAAGGUACGUGGGAUCGAUGGUGUCAGACGUCCAUCGCACCAUCGCAUACGGAGGAAUCUUCAUGUACCCCGCCAAUGAGAAGAGCCCCAAGGGAAAGGUAGGUUUAGCCUUAACCCUUAACCCUUGACCUCUAACCCCUAUCCUCUAGCCCUAACCCUAUCAACAAGAAGAGCCCCAAGGGAAAGGUAGGCAGGCCCUGACCUCUAACCUCUAACCCUAACCCUAUCAACAAGAAGAGCCCCAAGGGAAAGGUAGGCAGGCCCUGACCCUAAAAGUAACCCCUGUCCCCUAUCCUCUAGCCCUAACCCUAUCAACAAGAAGAGCCCCAAGGGAAAGGUAGGCAGGCCCUGACCUCUAACCUCUAGCCCUAACCCUAACCCUAGCCCUAACCCCAAGGGAAAGGUAGGCAGGCCCUGACCUCUGACCUCUAGCCCUAACCCCAAGGGAAAGGUAGGCAGGCCCUGACCUCUAACCUCUAGCUCUAACCCCAAGGGAAAGGUAGGCAGGCCCUGACUUCUGACCUCUAGCCCUAACCCCAAGGGAAAGGUAGGCAGGCCCUGACCUCUAACCUCUAGCCCUAACCCCAAGGGAAAGGUAGGCAGGCCCUGACCUCUAACCUCUAGCCCUAACCCUAUCAACAAGAAGAGCCCCAAGGGAAAGGUAGGCAGGCCCUGACCUCUAACCUCUAGCCCUAACCCCAAGGGAAAGGUAGGCAGGCCCUGACCUCUAACCCCUAACCCCAAGGGAAAGGUAGGCAGGCCCUGACCUCUAACCUCUAGCUCUAACCCCAAGGGAAAGGUAGGCAGGCCCUGACCUCUAACCCCUAACCCCAAGGGAAAGGUAGGCAGGCCCUGACCCUAAAAGUAACCCCUGACCUCUAACCUCACCAGUGAAAAGAUACAUUGAAUUAUAGACUAUAGAUUUAACUCAUCCACAGACCACAGAAAACAUCUGACAAACCUUGAUGUAGGGAUGAACAGUCCCUUUAAAGAUUCGGAGACUGAUUUACAUUUACAUGUUAGUCAUUUAGCAGACGCUCUUAUCCAGAGAGAUUUACAGUAGUGAGUCAUUUAGCAGACGCUCUUAUCCAGAGAGACUUACAGUAGUGAGUCAUUUAGCAGACGCUCUUAUCCAGAGAGACUUACAGUAGUGAGUCAUUUAGCAGACGCUCUUAUCCAGAGAGACUUACAGUAGUGAGUCAUUUAGCAGACGCUCUUAUCCAGAGAGAUUUACAGUAGUGAGUCAUUUAGCAGAACGGAUUGCUCGGGUUGGGGUGAAGGGUUUGAGCAUAGUCUGAAGGUAGGGAGGGGCAGUUCCCCUUGCUGCUCCGUAGGUAAGCACCAUGGUCUUGUAGUGGAUGCGAGCUUCAACUGGAAGCCAGUGGAGUGUGCGGAGGAGCGGGGUGACAUGGGAGAACUUGGGAAGGUUCUCUCAUGUCAAGAGGAAGAGCAGUUCCAUCUUGUCGAGGUUGAGCUUGAGGUGGGGGGCCGACAUCCAAGUUGAGAUAUAUCUGCCAGGCACGCAGAGAUGCGUGUCGGCACCUGGGCGUCAGAAGGGGGGAAGGAGAAAAGUAGUUGAGUGUCAUCUGCAUAGCAAUGAUAGGAGAGACCAUGUGAGGAUAUGACGGAGCCGAGUGACUUGGUGUAUAGAGAGAAGAGGAGAGGGCCUAGAACCGAGCCCUGGGGGACACCAGUAGUGAGAGUACAUGGUGCGGACACAGAUCCUCUCCACAUCACCUGGUAGGAGCGGCCUCCCAGGUAGAAUGCAAUCCAAGAGUGUGUGUAGCCUGAGACGCCCAGCCCUGAGAGGGUGGAGAGGAGGAUCUGAUGGUUCACGGUAUAAAAAGCCAGCGGAUAUAUCUAGGAGGAUGAGAACAGAGGAGAGAGUCAGCUUUGGCAGUGCGGAGAGCCUCCGUGACACAGAGAAGAGCAGUCUCAGUUGAGUGACCCGUCUUGAAGCCUGACUGGUUAGGGUCAAGAAGAUCAUUCUGAGAGAGAGAACGAGAGGGUUAGUCAGAGACAGCAGCUCAAGUGUUUUGGAAAGAAAAGAAAGAAGGGAUACCAGUCUGUAGUUUUUGACGUCAGAUGAGUCGAGUGUUGGUUUCUUGAGGAGGGGAGCAACUCGGGCCAUUUUGAAUUCAGAGGGGAUGCAGCCAGUGGUCAGGGAUGAGUUGAUGAGGAAAGUGAGGAAUUGGAGAAGGUCUCCAGAGAUGGUUUGGAGAAGGGAGGAGGGGAUGGAGUCAAGCGGUCAGGUUGUCGGGCGGCCGGACCUCACUAAUCGCAGGAUGUCAUCUGGAGAGAGAGGGGAGAAAGAGGUCAAGGCGUAGGGUAGUUCUGUGUGAGUGGGACCAGUGGACUCAAUAUGCUGAGUGAAUGAGUAGCGGAUGUCGUCAACAUAUUUUUCAAAGUGGUUGACAAAGUCGUCCGCAGAGAGGGAGGAGGGAGGUGGAGGGGGUGGAGGAUUAAGGAGGAUUAAGGUGGAAAAGAGUUUCCUAGGGUUAGAGGCAGAAGCUUAAAAUUUAGAGUGGUAGAAAGUGGCUUUAGCAGCGGAUACAUUUACAUUACAUUUACAUUUUAGUCAUUUAGCAGACGCUCUUAUCCAGAGCGACUUACAGUUAGUGAAUACAUAUUUUUUUUAUACUGGCCCCCUGUGGGAAUCGAACCCACAACCCUGGCGUUGCAAAUGCCAUGCUCUAUCAACUGAGCUACAUCCCUGCCGGCCAUUCCCUCCCCUACCCUGGACGACGCUGGGCCAAUUGUGUGCCGCCCAUGAGUCUCCCGGUCGCGGCCGGCUGCGACAGAGCCUGGAUAUGAUAGCCUUAGACCACUGCGCCACUCAGGAGUUACAGAGGAAGAGGAAGAGAAUGUAGAGAGGAGGGAGUGAAAGGAUGGCUUUAGCGGCAGAUACAGAGGAAGAGAAGGUAGAGAGGAGGGAGGGAAAGGAUGGCUUUAGCGGCAGAUACAGAGGAAGAGAAGGUAGAGAGGAGGGAGUGAAAGGAUGGCUUUAGCAGCAGAUACAGAGGAAGAGAAGGUAGAGAGGAGGGAGUGAAAGGAUGGCUUUAGCGGCAGAUACAGAGGAAGAGAAGGUAGAGAGGAGGGAGGGAAAGGAUGGCUUUAGCGGCAGAUACAGAGGAAGAGAAGGUAGAGAGGAGGGAGUGAAAGGAUGGCUUUAGCAGCAGAUACAGAGGAAGAGAAGGUAGAGAGGAGGGAGGGAAAGGAUGGCUUUAGCAGCAGAUACAGAGGAAGAGAAGGUAGAGAGGAGGGAGUGAAAGGAUGGCUUUAGCAGCAGAUACAGAGGAAGAGAAGGUAGAGAGGAGGGAGGGAAAGGAUGGCUUUAGCGGCAGAUACAGAGGAAGGGAAGGUAGAGAGGAGGGAGUGAAAGGAUGGCUUUAGCAGCAGAUACAGAGGAAGAGGGGAAGGUGGAGAGGAGGGAGGGAAAGGAUGAUAGGUCCUCCAGAAGUUUAGUUUUCCUCCAUUUUCUCUCAGCUGCCCUCAGCCCUGUUCUGGAAGCUCACAAUGAGUCACUCAGCCCUGUUCUGGAAGCUCACAAUGAGUCACUCAGCCCUGUUCUGGAAGCUCACAAUGAGUCACUCAGCCCUGUUCGGUAAGCUCGCAAUGAGUCACUCAGCCCUGUUCUGGAAGCUCACAAUGAGUCACUCAGCCCUGUUCUGGAAGCUCACAAUGAGUCACUCAGCCCUGUUCUGGAAGCUCACAAUGAGUCACCCAGCCCUGUUCUGGAAGCUCACAAUGAGUCACUCAGCCCUGUUCUGGAAGCUCACAAUGAGUCACUCAGCCCUGUUCUGGAAGCUCACAAUGAGUCACUCAGCCCUGUUCUGGAAGCUCACAAUGAGUCACUCAGCCCUGUUCUGGAAGCUCACAAUGAGUCACUCAGCCCUGUUCUGGAAGCUCACAAUGAGUCACUCAGCCCUGUUCUGGAAGCUCACAAUGAGUCACUCAGCCCUGUUCUGGAAGCUCACAAUGAGUCACUCAGCCCUGUUCUGGAAGCUCACAAUGAGUCACUCUGCCCUGUUCUGGAAGCUCACAAUGAGUCACUCAGCCCUGUUCUGGAAGCUCACAAUGAGUCACUCAGCCCUGUUCUGGAAGCUCACAAUGAGUCACUCAGCCCUGUUCUGGAAGCUCACAAUGAGUCACUCAGCCCUGUUCGGUAAGCUCGCAAUGAGUCACUCAGCCCUGUUCUGGAAGCUCGCAAUGAGUCACUCAGCCCUGUUCUGGAAGCUCACAAUGAGUCACUCAGCCCUGUUCUGGAAGCUCACAAUGAGUCACUCAGCCCUGUUCUGGAAGCUCACAAUGAGUCACUCAGCCCUGUUCUGGAAGCUCACAAUGAGUCACUCAGCCCUGUUCUGGAAGCUCACAAUGAGUCACUCAGCCCUGUUCUGGAAGCUCACAAUGAGUCACUCAGCCCUGUUCUGGAAGCUCACAAUGAGUCACUCAGCCCUGUUCUGGAAGCUCACAAUGAGUCACUCAGCCCUGUUCUGGAAGCUCACAAUGAGUCACUCAGCCCUGUUCUGGAAGCUCACAAUGAGUCACUCAGCCCUGUUCUGGAAGCUCGCAAUGAGUCACUCAGCCCUGUUCUGGAAGCUCACAAUGAGUCACUCAGCCCUGUUCUGGAAGCUCGCAAUGAGUCACUCAGCCCUGUUCUGGAAGCUCACAAUGAGUCACUCAGCCCUGUUCUGGAAGCUCACAAUGAGUCACUCAGCCCUGUUCUGGAAGCUCACAAUGAGUCACUCAGCCCUGUUCUGGAAGCUCACAAUGAGUCACUCAGCCCUGUUCUGGAAGCUCACAAUGAGUCACUCAGCCCUGUUCUGGAAGCUCACAAUGAGUCACUCAGCCCUGUUCUGGAAGCUCACAAUGAGUCACUCAGCCCUGUUCUGGAAGCUCACAAUGAGUCACUCAGCCCUGUUCUGGAAGCUCACAAUGAGUCACUCAGCCCUGUUCUGGAAGCUCACAAUGAGUCACUCAGCCCUGUUCUGGAAGCUCACAAUGAGUCACUCAGCCCUGUUCUGGAAGCUCACAAUGAGUCACUCAGCCCUGUUCUGGAAGCUCACAAUGAGUCACUCAGCCCUGUUCUGGAAGCUCACAAUGAGUCACUCAGCCCUGUUCGGUAAGCUCACAAUGAGUCACUCAGCCCUGUUCUGGAAGCUCACAAUGAGUCACUCAGCCCUGUUCUGGAAGCUCACAAUGAGUCACUCAGCCCUGUUCUGGAAGCUCACAAUGAGUCACUCAGCCCUGUUCUGGAAGCUCACAAUGAGUCACUCAGCCCUGUUCUGGAAGCUCACAAUGAGUCACUCAGCCCUGUUCUGGAAGCUCACAAUGAGUCACUCAGCCCUGUUCUGGAAGCUCACAAUGAGUCACUCAGCCCUGUUCUGGAAAUUCACAAUGAGUCACUCAGCCUGUUCUGGAAGCUCACAAUGAGUCACUCAGCCCUGUUCUGGAAGCUCACAAUGAGUCACUCAGCCCUGUUCUGGAAGCUCACAAUGAGUCACUCAGCCCUGUUCUGGAAGCUCACAAUGAGUCACUCAGCCCUGUUCUGGAAGCUCACAAUGAGUCACUCAGCCCUGUUCUGGAAGCUCACAAUGAGUCACUCAGCCCUGUUCUGGAAGCUCGCAAUGAGUCACUCAGCCCUGUUCUGGAAGCUCACAAUGAGUCACUCAGCCCUGUUCUGGAAGCUCGCAAUGAGUCACUCAGCCCUGUUCUGGAAGCUCACAAUGAGUCACUCAGCCCUGUUCUGGAAGCUCACAAUGAGUCACUCAGCCCUGUUCUGGAAGCUCGCAAUGAGUCACUCAGCCCUGUUCUGGAAGCUCACAAUGAGUCACUCAGCCCUGUUCUGUAAGCUCGCAAUGAGUCACUCAGCCCUGUUCUGUAAGCUCGCAAUGAGUCACUCAGCCCUGUUCUGGAAGCUCGCAAUGAGUCACUCAGCCCUGUUCUGUAAGCUCGCAAUGAGUCACUCAGCCACGGAGCAGGAGGGGAGGGCCGAGCCGGCCGGGAGGUAAGGGGACAGCUGCCAGCAGCCCUGUUCUGUAAGCUCGCAAUGAGUCACUCAGCCCUGUUCUGUAAGCUCGCAAUGAGUCACUCAGCCCUGUUCUGUAAGCUCACAAUGAGUCACUCAGCCACGGAGCAGGAGGGGAGGGCCGAGCCGGCCGGGAGGUAAGGGGACAGCUGCCUGCAGCCCUGUUCUGGAAGCUCACAAUGAGUCACUCAGCCCUGUUCUGUAAGCUCGCAAUGAGUCACUCAGCCCUGUUCUGGAAGCUCACAAUGAGUCACUCAGCCACGGAGCAGGAGGGGAGGGCCGAGCCGGCCGGGAGGAAAGGGGACAGUGCGAGUCAUAGGAUGCGGAAAGGGAGGAGAGUAGGGUCGAAGAGGCAGAAUCAGGAGACAGAAGGGAGAAGAAUUUAGCAGAAGGGAGAGAUGAUAGGAUAGAAGAGGAGAGAGUAAUGGAAGAGAGAGCGUAAAGAUUCAAACGGCGCAUUACCAUCUGGGUAGGGGCUGAGUGGUGAUACAGCCUGACAGGAUGCUCUCAAUUGUGCAUCUGUAAGAGUUUGUGAGGGUUUUAGGUGCCAAGCCAAAUUUCUUCAGCCUCCUGAGGUUGAAGAGGUUCUGUUGCGCCUUCUUCACCACACUGUCUGUGUGGGUGGACAAUUUCAGUUUGUCAGUGAUGUGUAUGCCAAGGAAAUUGAAGCUUUUCACCUUCUCCACUGCGGUCCCGUCGAUGUGGAUAGGGGGGUGCACCCUCUGCUGUUUCCUGAAGUCCACGAUCAUCUCCUUUGUUUUGUUGAUGUUGAGUGAGAGGUUAUUUUCCUGGCACCACACUCCCAGAGCCCUCACCUCCUCCCUGUAGACUGUCUCGUCAUUGCUGCUAAUCAAGCCUAAUACUGUUGUGUUGUCUACAAACUUGAUGAUUGAGUUGGAGGCGUGCUUGGCCACGCAGUCAUGGGUGAACAGGGAGUACAGGAGGGGGCUGAGCACGCACCCUUGUGGGUCCCCUGUGUUGAGGAUCAGCGAAGUGGAGGUGUUGUUUCCUACCUUCACCACCUGGGGGCGGCCCGUCAGGAAGUCCAGGACCCAGUUGCACAGGGCGGGGUUCAGACCCAGGGUCUCGAGCUUAAUGAUGAGCUUGGAGGGUACUAUGGUGUUGAAGGCUGAGCUAUAGUCAAUGAACAGCAUUCUUACAUAGGUAUUCCUCUUAUCCAGAUGGGAUAGGGCACUGUGAAGAGUGAUUUCGAUGGCAUCGUCUGUGGAUCUAUUGGGGCGGUAAGCAAAUUGAAGUGGGUCUAGGGUGACAGGUAAGGUAGAGGUGAUAUGAUCCUUAACUAGCCUCUCAAAGCACUUCAUGAUGACAGAAGUGAGUGCUACGGGGCGAUAGUCAUUUAGUUCAGUUACCUUCGCUCUCUUGGGUACAGGAACAAUGGUGGCCAUCUUGAAGCAUGUGGGGACAGCAGACUGGGAUAGGGAGAGAUUGAAAAUGUCCAUAAACACACCAGCCAGCUGGUCUGCGCAUGUUCUGAGGAUUAUAGAUGCAGUAAUACCAUUACAGCUGUGGUAAUACCAUUACAGCUGUGGUAAUACCAUUAUAUCUGUAGUAAUACCAUUAUAGCUGUAGUAAUACCAUUACAGCUGUGGUAA